AUUAGACAUUUGGUAUUCAUCGGCAAAACGUAUAUCUUUCUUACUGCCAGAGGAUGAAAAGGUGCGUAUAUAUAAUCUUCUUUAGUUCUUAACGUAUUAAGUUUAAUUAGUAAGAACGUCUAUGCUCUGCUUUUAGUUUAUUAACUCUUAAAGGUUUACUUUAAAGAGAAUCGAAAGAUUAUUAAAUAAAGGUGACAUACGCCGUAACUGAACAGAAAAUAGCUGGUAUCUAUCAAAAGAAACUAUAUGGGUUUAGUUUUUAAUAAAGGAAGUAUUAAGAAAUUAUCUAUUUCAUACUUCUAAUGUGUAAAAGAAGAAAAAGAAGGAGAAAAGAGAUAGAUUAUACAGUGAUUAUAGUUGUUAAUUUUCGUAGUUUAUUAGACGUCGCUUACAUUCAUUUUCGAUAUGCCUUUUAAAAAACGCUGUACAACAGAGCUUUUCCACUUAGCGUCUAGAUUUUCAAUCGUUUUAUUAAAAGGGAAAAAAAUCGAAGGUUUUUCUUUUCAGCAUUCUACUACUUACGAUCGGUGAAAAAUGGACGAUUUUUUCUCUUUAUUUCUUUAUAUAUAUAUCUCUUUAUAUUUUGUAUAUAUUGUAUAUAUACUGUAUAUAUUAUAUGGUUGCAAUCUAUUUGCUUAUAUAGUAUGCCUACAUCGCUUGCGUGUAACCAAAAACUGUUUCGACUAUGUUUUGAAGCAGUGAGCGGAAAAGACUUGAUCGUUUGAUGUUUCUUUUUUUUAUACAGACUGGUUCUCUGAUGGGCGAUGAUGAGCAACGCCACCGCGUCGUUUUCAUGGGUGCUGGUCGAGUUGGAAAGACGAGUAUUAUUCGACGCUUUCUCCAGAAUAGUUUUUCAAAUGCUUAUAGAGAAACAAUAGAGGAUUUGCACUGUAAGGAUUAUAACAUUCAAGGAACUUCAGUAAAAGUCGACUUCCUGGAUACGUCGGGCGAUUUGGCAUUUCCUGCAAUGCGACGUCUUUCCAUUUCGACGGCUCACGCGUUCGUUCUCGUCUACUCGGUCGAUGACGAUCGUUCUUUCGACACUGCUCGAUCAAUUAGACAACAAAUUAAGGAGCAAAGAAGUAAUUACGAAGCGCUUCCCUGCGUCGUUGUCGCCAAUAAGAUCGAUCUGGGACCAAAUAGGCAAAAGGUUUCUACCGCCCACGUGGAUAGUUGGUUAAAUGAAGAGGGGAUGACGAACAGUUUCGUAGACGUUUCCGCUAAAACUGGUACAAAUAUCCAGCAAAUAUUUCAUAAACUUCUCGAGCAAGCCGACAUACCGGAAGUAAAAAAGUUAGAACCGAUCCUCAGAAGGAGAUUAUCGGCUAACUCUGCCUCAUUGGCAAGUAUGCGUGAAAGAUUGAGGGUUCAAGAAAGUUCACCCAAAGGAUUUCAAAGAAGUAGAAGCCUCAUACGAAGGUCAAAGCCGAAAGUAAAAGAAAGUCGCGAUCCAACUAGUAGCGAUUGCGUAAUAUCUUGAAUAAUUAAAAAAUGACAAAGAAGAACGAAUAAUAAAACAAAUAUUAACAUCUAUUUAAUUAUUUCGUCUUUGCACUGGAGAUUGAGUUCUAUUAUCAAAUCGAAAAUGCAAACAACUCUUUAUAAUACUGACAGAAAUUUUUCUUCUUAUAAAUUUAUACACGUCGUUAAGAUGAGUCAAUAUUAAUUGGUCAUGCUCAUGAAUUUAGUCUGGAAAAUCGUCCGAGAGACAAUACGUGAUUACUGCGAUUAGUUGGGCGGAUAUAAUUGCAGACGCGAUCAGAAUAUUUUAAUUAUUAGUUUAUAUAAAUAUAUAUAUAUAUAUAUAUAUGGGUCUAUUUCAUAUAUUUUUCAUCUAGACAUACUUUUGAUAGAGAGAAUAUUUUAUAAAUAACUUUUUAUGAAUCAUCAUUAUUAUACAAAGGGGAUAAAUAUCUACACAUGCACACACGCACAUAUACAUAUAUAUAUAUAUAUAUAUAUACAUACAUACAUACAUAAAUAUGCUUAAAUGUCGAUGACUUAUGUACAGCAGCAAUGUUUUAGUCUUUCCAAAAUUUAUAGAAAUAAUUAAUAAGUAGGGAAAAGUUAAUUUUUAAUAGAGCUUUAACUUUUCCUACGAAGAAGAGGGGUUUGAAGUUUUAUCUAUAAACAUUUUUACAAUAUCGUCAAAUGCAGUAGUAGGCAGUUUGGCAUUUAAUUUGAUAAAUUUAGUGCUAAAAGUGAAUUUAUGUAUACAAUGAGCUUUCUGCUAAAAAUAUGUCUAGAAAAAUAAGGGCCUUGAGAAUAAACAUCUAGACAACGAAUCAGAUCCAUAUAUGCUA